ACUUUAUGUAUGCAUUGCUAUCUGGCUAACUACUGCCACAGAUGUAUAAUAAGCAUAAUAAGAGACCAUUGCAGCUUGCAGCCUUUGUUGCAGGUUGUUAGCUGUUGCUAUGGACACAAGCAGCGCCUAGCAACCGUAACACUCAGCGCAGGCGCAGUCGUAAUUAAUGAUGCACUAUGGGAUUGCAGAACAUUGACAUAGCAACCAGGCGACAGAGCCGCCAGGACUGGUUCUUUCUCUGCAUUAGCUUGCUAGUUUUUACGUUAUUUUACUACGUUUAAGCUUCUUAGCUUUACUUUUCGACGACUGCCAUGAAUGCGACAGUGGUAAAAAAGACCCAGGACACGCUGGGCAAAGUAAUAAAGAAACCGCCUCUCACGGAGAAACUGCUAAGCAAGCCGCCGUUUCGAUACCUUCACGAUAUCUUCAGUGAGAUCAUCAGAACCACUGGUUUUAUGAAAGGAUUGUAUGAAGAAAAUGAUAUGAAGUCAGAUAAUGUUAAGGAUAAGGACUCCAAAAUAGCCUUCCUCCAGAAAGCGAUAGAUGUUGUGAUGCUGGUGAGUGGCGAGCCCCUGGUGGCAAAGCCAGCACGCAUUGUGGCCGGCCAUGAGCCUGAGAAAACCAAUGAGCUGUUGCAGGCCAUGGCCAAGUGCUGCAUCAAUAAGAUGUCCAGUGACGAUGCAGUGAAGCGAGUGCUUGCAGGAGAAAAGGUGGACAUAAAGACCAAAGCCAGCACUUCCAGGUCCCAGGACAAGGAAAAUAGGGAGGGACGUGAACAUCAUCUGGAUAGAGAGGAGAAGAAAAAGAUUACAGAGCGCAGCGGGAGCCGGGACCAAAAGGACCCAGACCAGCCCAAAGAGCAGGAGAGCCGACGCAGAGAUGGGGAGAAAGACCACCACCGUGACAGGGAGCGCUCUGAUAAGCACCACCGCAGGGAACAGGACCACCAUGACAAAGACAAGAGCCGGGAGCGAGACAAGGAUAAAGACAAAGGACGAGUCAAAGAUAGGGACAGAGAGAAGGACAGAGAGAGGAACCAAGAAAGGGACAAAGACAAAGAGAGAGACAAAGAGAAGGACAGAGAUAGGGACCAAGAAAGGGAAAAAGACAAAGGCAGAGAAAAGACAAGAGAUAGGGAUUCCCGCAGAGACCGGGAAAGAGACAAGGAAAAACGAAGAGACAAAGAGCGGGAGAAAGAUAGGGAGCGACACAAAGAGGGCGAAGAGAGAAAGAAAAGUGGAGAGAGUGGCAACAGCAAGGCCAGAGUAUCAGAAGAACCACAGCAAAAACCCAACCCUGAGCCGAGCAAAACAGCCAAACAUGUGCCAGCAGAACCAAACCCAGAUUACAAGCCUGCAGAAGUAGUGGAGAACCAGCCUGAUAGUCCAGCUAGAAUACCUCGGCCUUCAUCUGCCAAAGGGCAGAGGCGGAGACCAAAAAUUGGAGGUCAAGAUGAGUCUGACAGUGAAGGAGAGGGAGAUGCUCUGUUAGCCCAGAGACCUUCCCCCCAGGAACAUGGAGACAUUGCAGGCUCCUCAGUGCCAUCGGACAUGGCCUCCAGCAACAGGAGAAUACCACGGCCCAGCAGCGCUCGGCCAGCACCUCCCCGAGUCAAGAAACAGGAAAGUUACUCUGAUGUGACCCCAGCUGAGAGGCUGUCCAGUGCCAAGCCCUCAGCACCGGUCAUCAUGGAUGGGAAGAUGCUGUCUGAGGAUGAGGAGGAUGAAGAUGAGCAAUUUCUUGUGGAGGUGCCUCCACCUUCAGAUUCUCCUGAGAUGGAUGUGGGGCUUGCACAAGAACUCAACAGUGAAAACAAACAUGGUGGCCUUGUGAAAAGGAUCCUUGAGACCAAGAAAGACUAUGAAUUGUCCCCAUCUUCCCCCAAAUCUAAAGAACAGAACGUGGUGUCUGAAGCAGCACGCAAGAAGGAGCGGGACAUGGUGACCCGGGAGAUAGAUCGGCUGCGCUCAUCCAUCCAGACGGUGUGCCGCAGCACCCUGCCUUUGGGUAAGAUCAUGGACUACAUACAGGAGGACAUGGACGCCAUGCAGGCUGAACUGCGCACCUGGCGGCGGGAGAACAAAGAGCACGCACAGGCGUUGCUGCAGGAGCAGAGAGCAACAGACAGGGCAGUGGAACCUCUUAAGUUAGAACUAGCUGAGCUGGAGCAGCUGAUUAAGGACCAGCAGGACAAGAUUUGUGCUGUAAGGUCCAACAUACUGAAGAAUGAAGAGAAGAUCCAGAAGAUGGUUACUGGAAUCAACUUCUCCGCCAGAACUUGAUGUGAGAAAGGAGGUCGACGAAAUAAAACUUUCCUAAAAUUGCACUGAAGAUUUAGGGAUGAACAGUGUCUCGUUCAGAAUACUGGCAAGGCCAUUUCUCUUGGAGACGAUGUGGGGUAGGACCAAACACUGCACUUUUAGGGGGUUUUGUCAGAGAAGGAGAUGGACCCAAUUGCGUCAGGUGGAUGUUCGUAAAUAAAAGCUCUAUAUGAUGGCUUGAAGGUCUGACUUUAAUCUAGCAUCUACUGUGACUAACAGAUAAAUAAAUACAAAAUAUGAUCCUUCUCUGCACACUAACUUUACCCCAUCGUUUACCCCUUUUCUGUAAUGGUGCCUUUGUGGAAUGAGCCAGUGCACGGUUAACUUGCAAGUUAGCCUAAAUAAUUCUAUUUUUAAUGCUGGGUGAAUUCAUCAAAAGUCUAAAUAUUUUAAAAUGACCAAUAAUUAACAUGAACAUUUCAUUUGCUGUACACCCAGCAAUCCUUGCACCAAAUUUUAAAACCUGUGUUCUUAAAAAAAAUAAAAAAAGCAGUCUGGAGCGUGGCACACUUAGUUUAGUUUAGUUUAGUUUCCUUGCCUCAGUUUUAAUUUUUCCUGGCUCUGGGGACUUGGGACAGUUUGAUUGAAGUAUAAAGCGGGAUGUGAUCUGAUUCAUUUGCUGUUUUCAACUGCGAUUAUUACAUCUCUUAUAGUGCUGUUGGACUAGCUAUACAACAGUUAAUAUGUACUCUUCUUCACAUUCAACUUGUUGAUUACAGGAAAGUUAAAAAAAAAUCUUGAUUUGGCAUGGGGAUGUCUAGGACUUAUGUGGGGAGUCCUGAUGGUCUAAUCGAUUGUAAUACAUGUUAGACAACUGUGGUGCCCUGGUUUGAAUCUGCCCGGGACCUGUAACUCGUCAUACUGAUCUUUUCUUUUUCUUCUAAACCUUUUUCUUCAAGCUUCCUCCCUCAAGCUAUCCUUCCAACAAAAAAAACUUUUUUCCUGUACUUACAACAACCUUAUACCUUAUAUCUUGUAAAAUCCAAAACUCAGUUUAUCUAUACGUUAUUUUUCACUGUUCCAUUUUUGAAGCACUGCUGCACUUUGAUAAGACUGAUUGGUUAGUGGAGGUGUGCCUUCAGUGGCAGUGUUGCAGUUCUUUCUUCUAUCUCGCAUACCCAUCUUAUAAAACAUAGGCACACUUAUUGAAUUUACGUUGAGGGAAACGUAAGCGUUUAUCCUUUCUCCCUGCAGUCAGUGAGCAAACAGAACAGCUGCCGUCAGGGAGCUCCCUCUGCUCUAUUUAUACUAUAGGAUUUGCCAAACUGUUUCUUUUUUGGAAUGGAGACAAUGUUUGGCCAGAUGGCAGCUUUUUGUAAGAACCUUCAAUUCUUUAUAAAUUAAAUUAAAAUAAAGAAUACAAAACUAUUUUACUAGCUCCUUUUGUGACUUUAAAAAAUGUGCUUUACAUAUGUAGCUAAUUAGAAAAUAUGAAGCAAUACUAGGCUGAGAUUGGAUUUGAGAUGUAUGACUGCAAGAAACCACUGUCCCAGUUUCCCCAAAAGUCCAAAAAUGCCAUCUCACUGAAGUCCAUGUGUGAAUAAAAUACACACAAACAAUGCAGUUACCAUAUUUAAGUAAUAGUACAACAGUUAAUUGAACUUGUACAAGUGCAGUUACUACCUCUGUUAGUUUUACUGCAGAUAUACAUGGAGACUGCCAGCAGUUACACUGCACUGUAAAAAGCACACACUUGGUUGGAUUGAUGAAUGUAAUUAAUUCUUUAAAUGCUUUUUUAUAAGCUCCAGUUGUAUUUGAACUAGUUUUGCCAGAUGUGAAUGUAAUGAGCAUACAUAUUGUAGCUAGACUUUCUCUUCUCUGCACAGAUCUCCAAAACAUCUGCCCAAAAAUGGGUUUCCACUUUGACUGCUUUGUCAGAAAAGUUACCAAUAGAAUAGGUGGCACAACAUCUCAAUACAGCUAGAGACUGAUAAUGUACAAACAGACAGCCAGUAGUUGCCAAUGGGAAGAACUGUUUAGCUUCUGACUGGCCAAUUGUGUUUGUUUAGAUUGAUCAUUGGCAUCAACAGCUACGGAAAGAGCAAAAUUACACUGCGUCAUUGCUUCAGUGGGAAAUAUUAAUGCAAUUCAUUUAACUGAUCUUUAUGAGAGGUAUUCACUAUGAAGAUUCCACAGUUAAAAUGUAUUCUCAUUUAGUCUGAUUUACUCCAUUUUCAUAUCAGUAUAUUUAGUCCAUCAAAUAUACUGUAACCUAUUGAAAAGUCAAAUUUUAAAAAGCAAAUUUAAAAACAUAACUUGUGGAAAAAAGUGAGACCCUGUGUGCUCAUAUGUCUUAUAUAAAAGGACGAUGUAAACUACUUGUACAAUAUCUUUGUUUCUCUUUAAACUGUACAAUAUGUAUAUGUGGAGAGAUUGUAUCAUAGUUCAAAUAAGUAUAUAAUUUUGUAGUGGAGUGAAAUAAAUUGUUACAUUACAA